AACGAACGAGCCUUCUCAACGACGCGCCAGUGAAUCCCUGGUAAAGAUGACCAUCGCCGUUUCGUCCAUCCCGCGGUCCUCGAAUGACAGUCUAAAGUUAUCGCGGGCGCGGCGUCGACUUGUAUCACGUUCGACUCGCUCUGGUUUGUUUGCCGUUUCUGCUGCUGCCCGACCGAACUUUUUUCCUGGUUCCACUCCACCAAAGCAUCUUGACGGAACCAUGGCUGGAGACUAUGGCUUCGAUCCACUCGGUCUGGGAGAGGAUAAGGUGGCUCUCCAGUGGUAUCAGCAAGCAGAACUCGUUCAUGCGCGCUGGGCUAUGCUCGGGGUUGCUGGGAUGGCUGCUCCAGAACUGGUCGGAAAUCCGUUUGUUGAUGGUCCUCUGCCAAACUGGGCUGAAGCUCCUUUUUUCGAUGGUUAUAUCGCUGAUGCAAAUACUCUCUUUGUAGUGCAGAUGUUUUUCAUGAACUGGGCUGAAGUUCGCCGCUGGCAAGAUAUGAAGAAUCCAGGCUCAGUGCACGCUGACCCUUACGACGAGAACAGGAAGUGUACUGGAAGUGAUGUAGGGUACCCAGGCGGUGGUCUAUUUAAUCCCAUGGGCAUGGCAAAGAGUGUGGCAGAUGAGAAGGCCCUGCGAGCAAAAGAAAUCGCAAACGGCAGGCUUGCUAUGGUGGCCGCCAUGGGAUGUUUCAUUCAGCACGAUGUCACCGGCACAGGUCCUGUUGCUAAUCUGAAGGCGCACAUUGCAGACCCAGUACAUGUGACCAUCUUCCAGAACUUUCAGCCCUUCACUCUGUGAAACUUGCACUGCCAGCGCACCAAGUGCAUACUUUGCCUUAUCGCAAGCUGUCUGAAAACGUGGAUGUUUUCCAAGAAAGCGCUGUAUUCUCUGAGCCGAAUGCUGUACAGCUGGCCGCCACUACGUAGAACUCGUUUACUACAAACUAAUUCUAUGGUUAUCUAGUAUUAUUCCUCGCGGAUGAAGAUGAAAAUAACUUAAAUUUCUUUACCUGGCAAAUGGCUUCACUUGGAAUCUGGUGGCGCUAGACAUCAGAUAAGUGCACUCUAAAAAUUCGCAUGCACCAGUCCAAGUGAGACAGUCCAUUUUGCCGCAUAACCACUGACUGUGCGUAGUUCGCACCAUGCACACUUUCUGAUAUGGCCGUUUUCCACAAAGUUCUAUCACCUAGUUUUCUUUCUCGUUCGACACCUGGAGUCAUAUGACUGCCUGGUUGCUCACUAUUCAACCCACAGCUCGAGUAAAACGAAAUUUUGUCGGCCUGACACCAAGCUGUAACACAUUCAAACCUUAAUUCGUUGAAGGCAACGUAGACUGCUAGCUUCACCAAUACUUGUCCAAGGUGGCAUCCACGAAACAGUCGUGGAACAAAAACCG